AUGCAUGCCGUUAUUUUUGCAGGGCCUCGCCUGACCAGGUCUGGCAGUUUUUGUGCAAGACCAAUUUCAUCAUUGUUUCUUCAGCAGCAGAAGAGUCUGCACAACGCCGCUAAAAGCGAGAAUACCACCACAAGUUUGGUGCCCGUCCGAGAGAAAAGCACGGCAGUGGCGGCUGCCAAACCAUCGUCUGUAGCCAGCAGCAAGGGCGAGUAUGUCAUCACCAAACUGGAUGACCUUAUUAACUGGGCUCGCAGGAGUUCUUUGUGGCCUAUGACCUUCGGCUUGGCGUGCUGUGCGGUGGAGAUGAUGCACAUGGCGGCACCGCGCUACGACAUGGACCGCUUCGGCGUGGUGUUCCGCGCCAGUCCCAGACAGGCUGAUGUCAUGAUUGUGGCCGGGACCUUGACCAACAAAAUGGCUCCAGCUCUCAGGAAGGUGUACGACCAGAUGCCUGAGCCAAGAUACGUUAUCUCCAUGGGAAGCUGUGCAAAUGGAGGAGGCUACUAUCACUACUCUUACGCUGUCGUCAGAGGCUGUGACCGAAUUGUACCAGUGGACAUUUAUGUUCCAGGGUGCCCACCCACCGCAGAGGCUCUCCUCUAUGGAACAUUGCAGUUGCAGAAGAAGAUCAAACGUGAGAAGAAGUUGGCAAUCUGGUAUCGGAAGUGAAUGGGCAUUAUGUAUGACUGUGUGUGUGUGUGUGUGUGUGUAUAUAAUACACCCGAGCUUUAAGUGUUGAAGUUCUGGUUUCAUUUGGGACGUUGUUCAUCCUCAAUGUAGAACUGCAAGAAAUCACCGUAAAAUAAAGUCAAGAAUUAUUUAAUAUUAGCUGUACUGAUGCUUGUUUUCAACCAAACUCUGACCUUUUUUAAAGUAAUCUGCUGUCAUAUCUGCAGAAUAGCUUUGUAACAGAAAUAAAGAUUCCAGACUUAAUGAAAGCUCUAAUUUGGUGAAGUUGGUAAAACCACAGAAUUUUAAAUUGUCCCAUGAGGACUUGACAUUGGUCUACCAAGUGUACUGCGUUAGCCUGCCACCAGGUGGCGCCAAAUCUCAAUUUGACAGCAGACAAUGCAGAAAAAGUAAAAGCUCAAAUCUGACUAUUGUUUUCAUUGCAACUUCAUGUGCUUUUUGUUUAAUUUGAAAAAUAAUCACUUGCUCUGACUUUGACAAAGGUCAUUUCAAGCAUUUAUUUAAAAAAAAAAAAUGGAAUCUACCCACUACUGAGUUUCCCCAUCUGACUUUUUCUGUCCAUCUAAUGAGUUUAUAUUUUUGUGUUCACAUGAUUUGUACUGUUAUCUUUUAACAGGAAUGUAUACAGUACUUUGUCGCCAGUUUGGAUUUGUCGACAUUAUACACCUCUUAUUAACUGAGCGUGCUAAUGCUAA